UGUGCAUUUCUAUGGAAAUACAGUACACAGUUUAAAACAGUGUCAAUGAAACCGAAGCUUUUUUGUGUUGAUGCUUUUUUCCAGUGACCAAUGGUAAUUACUUUGAUAAGUUGGUAUCAUUUUGGCCCUUUAUUAUUUUAUCUGAUUGGUCACUUCAUCUUUAUCAACUAUGUGUCAAACUUCAAAAUGACUAUCAACGGUUUUGUAUAAACAUCAUUUUGUUGAAAAUUUGCUUUCCUUAUCUGUUUUCGUUUAUCUGCCUAUUAUUUCAGCGAAACAAUUGGAAGAUGAGAUAAUUUAUGUGUUUUAUAAAUAUCUAUAAUUCAACUGUAACCAUUGAACUGAUUUACUUUUAAGGAAAGUGUACAUAAUAGUGAUUAUAGUUUCUUACGGUCAUUUCAUUUCUCUGAUUUUAUAAAAGUCUCUAUAAUCAUCUUCUGGUUGUGUUAGCUAAACCAUUUGCUAUGAUUUCUUGGGUUUAUUCAACGAUUAUCCAUUACCUAAUAUUUUCUCACAUUGUUGAGGACAGUAUAGCUGCUGAAAAGGACAGUGCAGUUAAAAGAUUGGAAUUACUUACCAUCGUUCAUCGACACGGUGAGAGGACUCCGUAUAAAUUUUUCAAAAAUGAUCCUUAUAGUGACCCUAAAUACUGGCCUGACGGUGAAAUACAGUUAAUUAAACCUGGUCGUCAACGCAUGUAUCAAUUAGGAAAGUCUAUCCGGGAAAACUACAGUAAUUUCUUGGAAGAUAAUCCCAGACAAGUUUAUGCUCGAAGCUCUGAUGCUGACCGGUGCAUCGAAAGCAGUGAAUUGGUUCUACAUGGCAUCUUCAAGUCUAAAGGUCAUUGGUUUUACAGUAAUGACACUGACUAUUUGCCCAUUCCAAUUCACACUGUUCCAACUGCUCUUGAUGGGAUGUUGACAAUUGAUUGUGACUGUCCAGAAUCUUCUCAAGAAAAAUUGCGGUUACUCAACAGUAAGACAGCCAAGCAAGUUACCCAUCAAUAUUCUGAUACGCUGAAUUUAAUCCGAGAAAAGACUGGCAAUGAUUUGAGCAAUCUGAAUGAUAUUUCUGAUUUUUACACUACACUUACAAUCGAGGAGGAGAAUAUAAAAGAUUUCAAAAGGCCAGAUUGGUACACUGACAAAGUUAAAGAAGAGUUGCGUAUUAUGAGCGAUAAUGGCUUAUACAUAUCUUCGAGUUCAUUCGAGAUACUUCGCUUACGUACAUCAAAUUUCUUCGCUGACCUCAGACAUCGUAUGCAUGCUAAAAUAAGUGGUGAUUCAAAGCUUGGUGGGCUCAAAUUUCUUUCAUACUCAACUCAUGAUAAUCUGUUGGCUUCAAUUUUAAUUGCUCUGGAUAUUUUCGACCACAAAGUUCCUCCAUAUGGAGCAACAUUAGUUUUUGAAUUGAUUCACGUUCCUUCAAAAGGCCAUUUCGUGCAGAUUUAUUACUGGAAAGACACUGAAAAAGAAGCUGAUUUAAUGUCAUUGUCUUUCUGUAAUAAUCAAAUGAUCUGUUCAUAUGAUCGUUUUUCUAGAUACAUUUCUACUUACAUUGUGGAUGACUGGCAGGCUGCAUGUGGUCUUAAACACGAGCCAAGUUUAUGGUCAAGUGGCAUUUUCGUUGCCUUGGUCGCUAUCCUUGCUUUAAUAAUUGUAAUUGGUUUAGUGUGGUUCAUGGCCAUCCAAUGGUAUGGAGUAAGGCGCCAAUAUGAAGUCAUUAGGUCUUAAUUUUGCAUUCAAAUUCAACAUCAGUUGGUCAAAUCUGAUGUCUCUAUUAAAACCAUGAAGCUCCAGUGCCUUAGUAACUUUUCUUUUUGAGAAGUUGCAUGAUAUAUUCAUAAAUGAAGUCGUCAUGUCAUAUGUUAAAGAAAUUAAUGAUUUUACUGCUUUAUAAGCAGAAAUGAUCAAAAAUAACACUAAUUAUUUGAUUUUUUCAUAUCUGUUAUCCAUAAAAUUAUUGUUUUUUAUUGUAAAUAUUACAAAAUUUAACAUUCAUCUGAUUAAAACAAAUCAAUAUU